GUGGCAGGUGCGGCGCAGUGGAGCGUACUGGAAGAUCGUAUCACUCCGCUUGAUUUGGACACCAUCGAUGUUCAUUCAAACGUCAGAUGAAAAGACUUCCUGAACGCGCACGUAGGCUACACGAGCGCAGCAGGUUUGCAACUGCUGUCGCGUAAUUGUUGCCGUAUUGAGCGAAUAAUUUAGAGAUAUGUCAUUAUUUUUAGACAAAUCGCAUUUCACAGAACAACUCCCGAUGGGUCAUAUCAUUAUAAGGUGUAUUAUGAGAAACUAACGGAAUGUUAUUUCAAGAACUUCCUUAAAGAGGCGGUACUACAUUGUGCGACCCUUUUCCAUGGAAAAAAAUCUCUCAUCUCAGAGAAACUCUAUAACAGAUUUCCAGUUUAUUUUUGCUAGAGCGGUAAAUUCCAGAAUGAUCUCCUGUUUAUAAACAUUAACAUCACUCACAAACACGGGAACAUGGAGGGUAUUUGUUUUGAGGUCAAACCUGGAAGUGACCUGGUCGGAGGUUGCUCUCCCUGUGCCCUCACACCAACACAUACCAGGUCGGACGAUACGCAAAAGGAAGAAGAAGUGGAGAUUCAGUACAGUUUAACUAUGGUUGGCUCAUUGGCCAUCCAUCCACAGACCACCAUGGCCAUGCUGCCCUGGGUGGUGGCUGAGAUACGGAGACCAAAGCAGAUGGAGAAGAACAGAAGCCCUGGAUUCACUGGAGCCCAGGUUCGAGAUCGACCUGUGGUGCUAAAGAUUUCAGCCAGCUCAGUGCGUUGCGUUCUGGACACAGCCGGGCCGGGGAAGCCAUGGGACCCAUUGCAACAUAUGGUUCUGUUCGAUCAUCGGCCUCAUCUUAUCACCAAACUCAUUCACAACAGCCAGGAGCCGAGCUAUUUCGGCUGUCUGCUCAGAAAAGAGAGGACUGCAACCUGCUAUGUUUUCCGCUGUCAGGACCAGCUGCAGGUUCCAGAGAUCAUCAGCACUCUCAGGCAGGCUGGCAAAAGUUCUGCCCGGCAAGAAGACGCCCAUUCAUUUCUGCCAAACAACAUCCAGCCGGAGGCUUUCUGCUCAACGGCAGCUGAUGCCGCAACAGCAUUCGCUAAAAAGUUUGAGGUGUUGUUCUGCGGGCGAGUGGUGGUGGCCCAUAAGAAAGCGCCGCCUGCAUUGAUAGAUGAAUGUAUCGAGAAGUUUGGACGUGCCAGUGUGACGGGCACGAUCGCAGCGGGUUUCAGACGAGCGUUCUCGCUCACACAGAUGACAAAUGGAGCAAGUGAGGGAGCAGACGGAGGUGGAAAGCGACCACUAUUUUUUAAAAGAGAUCCCAGUUUCCCAUCUCUCCAUGGGCUGGAUGAGAACGGCCUCUCACCGGAGCUCCAGCGACGGGCUACGGAUGGCGCUGCUGGGGUCCAACCCACUAGCUUGCAGGAAAACAGAACCAUGCUGUUCACAAUCGGGCGCUCUCAAAUCUUCCUCGUAAGUCCUGACACUAAGAAGGUGGCCAUAGAGAAAAGCUUCAGAGAGAUCUCCUUUUGUUCACAGGGUAUUCGUCAUGUGGACCACUUUGGCUUCAUAUGCAGGGAGACGGUGGAGAAUGGAGGCUGUCAGUUUGUCUGCUAUGUUUUCCAGUGCGCUAAUGAAUCUCUGGUGGAUGAGAUCAUGUUGACGUUGAAGCAGGCGUUCUCUGUUGCCGCGCUCCAGCAGAACAGUAGGACUCAGAGUCAACAGUGUGACAGCUGUCCCCUGCAGCAGCUGCACAGACUCUGUGACAGAAUAGAGGGUCUUCAUCCAUCCAAAACUAAGCUGGAACUCCAGAAGCAUUUGGCAGGGUUGGAAAAUCAGGAGCAGGCAGCUGUGUUUGAGAGCACCAUGAAAGCCAGACCGAAGUCUGAUCAGGAGGAGAACGAGUUGAUCAUAUCAUGUCUAAGACGACAUUAUGAGGAGAGACAGAAGACACACACUCAUGCACACAAUGGACAGAACAAAAAGGCUGCUCAGGAGGUUUCUGUGAAUGCUGAAAACAACGCAAGUUCCAGUCGUGUUCGUCUGGAGGAGCUCAAGUCUAGAGCCAAGCGAUCGCUCACUGAAUCACUGGAGGGGAUCUGGAAGGGCAGUAAUAAGCCCAAAUCCCAGAAGGACAACAGUGAAGGAGAGAGUAAUUCUUCCAGCUCUACAACCCUGAACAGCACAAACCAGGAAACAUCAUUAGAGGAUCCUCUCUGUUCUCUCCUCCCUUCCAGUCCUCUCCGCUCCCAUAAUUCCACGGGGGACCUAAAGCGCCUCGAAGGCUCAGCUACAAGUCACGAAGGUCCUGAGAGUCCGCCUCAGGGUUUCAGGCGCCGGGCAAGCACAUACAGUCACUCUCCCACGCUGUCGUCGCCCGGGCCGGACCUGCCCCCUCAGCCACUCACAGCCUCUACCAAACCCAAACUGGUCCGACACUACUCCGUCAGCACAGACUCGCCACACCAGACCAAUCUUUCCUCCCCUCCGGCCUCUUCCUUUUCACGGCCAAUGAGGCCACGUGCUUUUGAUCUUGAUCAUUCCACUCGACCCUUCAAGCGAAGUCCAUCAGGGCUGAGUGUAUUCAGGGCGAGAUUACACUCCUCCUCUUCUGUUCCAAAUUUCCUCAAAUUUCUGGCCCCUGUAGUGGAGAGUGAUGAUAGCUAUGAGUCUCAGAGGAAGAGUGAUGUUGCUGCCCUUUCCAGUCCUGGAGCCGUGUGUUUCGUGGGGGACGACAGUCCAUUACGUAACCGAAGACAUUCCUGGAGACAACAGAUCUUCCUAAGGGUUGCCACACCACAGAAGGGUUCAGACGCCAUAGAUUCCACCUUAGAGGUUAGCAGCAGAAUGGCGCUCGGAGGUGGAGUGGGGGGCGGAGAGAGCUCUCUGGGGGCGGUACCAGAGGAAAAGAGAAAGAAGAGUCGGGAGGAGCUGAGGGAAUUGUGGCGAAAAGCCAUUCUCCAACAGAUCUUACUCCUGCGGAUGGAGAAAGAAAAUCAAAAACUCCAAGCUUCAGAGAGCGAUCUGCAGUGCAGACGACUGAAGUUGGACUAUGAAGAGAUAACCCCGUGCCUGAAAGAUGUGACUUUGGUCUGGGAACGAAUGCUCUGCACCGCUGGAAGGUCAAAGAUCAAAUUCGACACACAGGAGAUCCACAGAGCCGUGGGACAAGUGCUGGACAGCUGUCCCUCUAUAAUCUACUGAAGGCAUAUUCUCUGUUGGACCCAGAAGUGGGCUACUGCCAGGGUUUGAGUUUCGUGGCGGGUGUGUUGCUUCUCCACUUGAGCGAAGAAGACGCUUUCCACAUGCUCCGAUUCCUCAUGUACGACAUGGGGCUGCGAAAACAGUACAGGCCUGAUAUGAUCAUACUGCAGAUUCAGAUGUAUCAGCUGUCUCGUCUUUUGCACGACUAUCACAGGGAGCUGUACUCUCAUCUGGAGCAGCACGAAAUCGGCCCCAGUCUCUAUGCUGCCCCCUGGUUUCUCACUGCCUUCGCCUCACACUUCCCGCUGGGAUUUGUGGCCCGAGUGUUUGAUAUGCUGUUUCUCCAGGGAUCGGAGGUUACCUUCAAAGUGGCCCUGAGUCUGCUUGGUAGCCACAAGCCUUUGAUUCUUCAACAUGACAAUCUGGAGUCUAUUGUUGAGUUCAUCAAAACAACCUUACCUAAUCUCGGCCUUGUGCAAAUGGAAAAAACAAUCAACCAGGUGUCUGAGAUGGAUAUCAGUAAGCAGCUGCAGGCCUAUGAGGUGGAAUAUCACGUUCUUCAGGACGAGCUCUUGGAUGGUCCCUCCACUCUCAGCCAAUCACAGCGAGUUGCCCAGCUGGAAAAGACCAAUGGAAGCCUACGGCAGCAAAACUUGGACCUUUUAGAGGAACUACAGGUUGCCCAUGCGAAGAUCCGAUGUCUGGAGACCCGUGCGGAGGGCCUGGUGAGCCGAGAGGCCGAGCUGCAGUUGGAGGUUAAAACUCUACAGCAGGAACGGGCAGAGCUGCUCCAGACCGUAUCCAACCUGAGAGCUCUCCAAAGCAGCCUGGGAAUAAACGCCCCUUGCCCCACCCUGGAUGACCUUACUACUGCAAUCACCAACUAGUAGCUAUUCCAGAAAUGGAUAUUUAUAGAGUCCAGCACUGAUAAACCAUGACAUGUCAUCAACUAGGGCUACCAACUCCAUCUUUUGAUGUGAUGCAUCGGCUCUGUUAAUCUCUAAUCCUCUCAUUGGCUCUAAACUGUUUUAGUGGGGGACAGGAUGACAUUUUCAGGACUCUUUCAGUGAACUCCGGUUCACUGGUUUCCCUUCACCUAAGAACCUCUUUCUGAGGACUGAUACAGGGUACCUGUAUAAGAACAACAUUUAAAGAUCAAAUUGCUGAGAUUUCCGGUGCUUCGAGCUUUUGUGACAUUUUUGGGUCACUUUUUUAAACAAGUGCACGUUCUUUCACUCCCUGCUUCAUUUUGGAGUGGCAAUGACCCCGACAAAGCCUCUCUGAGGUGGAUUUGACUUGACUGGUCUGUUUCCAUGACACAUAAGAUUGACCGAUCCCCAGUUAGCACUGACCAGCCCGUGGAGCGGCUCGGAUGAUUGCACUCCAAUUGUGCAUCGCAAAAUUUGCACCCUGUACUUGUUUUGUGUGUGUGUAGGUUAGUGUGUGCGUGUGUAUGUGGAAAUCCACGUGGCCAAUGACUCCAUUACCAGUGCAAUAGAAACUUGAAUUAAAAACGACACUGUAAUCCUGUACAUCUUCUGUUAAAACAGAAACCAAAGUGCAUAUUCAAAAACAGAUUUUUUUCAGACUUCAUUAGAGUCUGAAAUGCUGCUGAUUUAACAAAAUAACAAUAAACCCAUAAAAAAAAAACAUUUUCAUUACGCAUAAGUGUUCAUAAUGCAUUAUUAAUCUGCAUAUAUAAGAACUGUUCAGUUUGUUGUUUAUUUUUGGUACCUAUUGAACCAAAGAUUUUUAUUUUACGUCCUUUCUUUUUCCGUGGCAUGCAUUGGAUAUUUAUAUGUGUAGUUCAUUCGUUCGACCACGUCAGUCGCUGACACGUUUUAAACGCACGUCUCCAUUCGAGCAUGAAAUGUUUUGACAGAUAGAAAUAAAAGGUGUGUGUGUGAACACGGAAAGAAAAUGAAUGUUCUUACAUCAUGUGCGUGACAAUGCUUUCUUACCCUCCUGACCUCUUUUUCUCUUUUGGAGAAUUCUUGUUUGUUUUUCUGUGAUGCUGUUUAAACAUUGUUGUUGAUGAAGUGGUUUAUUUUUAUCGAUUUUUAUUGAGAGUGUUAUUCUCGCCGUUUUCAUUAAACUACUUUAUAAACAAACGUGAAUUGGGUCGAUUUGCUCGAUACGCUGUAUGUGUGACCUUUCGUUUUUAUGUUUGUGGUUCUGUAGAAAAAGAUAAUACUCGAAGUUCUCUUGAAUCUGACUGUUGUGUGUUUAAAUAAACAACAUUGCGUUUGA